AUGAGACAGGAUGUGCUGCACAUGGACGACCAGCUGACGAAGGAGACGGGACUCCGGAAGAGCUUGCAGGAGGAGAAGAAGACUCUAAUGGCGCAGGUGCAGAAUUUGGUGGUGCAGCUGGACACCUCCCGCUUGGCAGUUGACUCCACACAGCGGGAGCUGACAGACGUCACCAACAACAAGGUGCGACUGGAGAGCAUCCUCCGUGACACCAAGUCUGCCAUGCAGAAGAUGACUCUGGAGCAGCAGGUGGAGCAAAAGUCCCACGCCCAGCGCGUGGCGAUGUUGGAGAAGGUGAUCUCUGACGAGAGGGCCGAGCGGAGAAAUCUCGUGAGCGAGACCAUGGAGGUCAGCGCUUCGCGAGAGGAGACCCUCGACACGCUGCGGAAGGCGAACCAAGAGAUCACCGAGAUCAAGCGGCACCGAUUCGAGAAGGAGGAGGAGAUCGAACGGCUGAAGGUUCUGCUCCAAGCGCAGGAGCAGCGCAACGCCGAGCAGCUGGUGACCGUGGACAAGUACCACGCCGUGGUCGCCUCCCAUGAAUCUGAGAUGAGGCAAAUCCAGAUGCUCCUCGAAUGCGAGAGGGAAGAGGCCGCCAGGAAGAUGGCGGAGCUCCAAGAUACCUACACAGCCGCCAAGAAGAGCCUGGAGCAACGGCUGGAGCAGUACAGCCACUGUUGCGAGGACCUCCGGUCUCACAUCUGCCUCCGGGAGGACGAGAAGACGAAGGAAGCUGAGAAAAUGAAGCGGGCUCACCUCGAGGAGCAGGUCAAAGGUCUGAAAGCAAGGAUGGACGUGGUCCAGGAGUCGGCCGACCAAAACGAGGAGCGAGCAAAAAGAGCCGAAGCAGAGGUGCAGAAGCGGGACGCCCGCAUCCUGAGUCUCCAGCAGUCCGUGGCAGUUGCUGAGGAAAAGCGCGACAUGUGGAAAGCAAGGCUUGAUGCUGUGCUUCCGGACGUCGAGCACGCGUCCCUAGCCCGCGAAGAUGCACAGAUGCAGUACGAGCGCAUCCGCGUCAGCACAGAGGUCUUCCAGGAGGUCAAAGCAAGCCUCGAGAGACAGCUGGCGUGUCUAGGCAACAGCACCGCCCCUGCCAUCAAGACUGCGACGGCGACGACUCUUGUUCCUGUGACGGUUAUCACAAACUCAGAACCAUAA